CCGGGUGGCUGUACCUUCAUUGGCUUGGACCAGGGCAGCGGCUCAGGUGUAGGACAGUGGCGCUGUAUGUAGGGCAGUUACUGGUAUGCUUUUCUACCAGGUCCGGUAGUCUCGGGUGAUUAGAGGAGCAUGGCCCGGGACUGCACGGAGCGACAGUUCCAGGAGGUGCUGGAGCGCUGCGGUGGUGCGGAUAAGGUGCUGCUGGUCGGGGAGAUGUGGCAGCGAGUGGAGAGCCGGGCUCUGCUGGAGGGUUUCCUGCGUACGUUGUUUCCCAAAGAGCAGGAAGACGGAGCGCCGCACUGUGUGGUUCCUCAGGAGAAGGAGCCCGGGGUUGCCGCAGCGCAGCGGUCCCGGCGCUUUUGCCUGGUGUUUUUCCUGUGCCGGGCAGAGUCUCUCCGGCUCCGGGAGUCACAGCGGCGUUUGAAAGAGAUCCUGCGUGAUGUGAAGGAUCGCACCCCGGGGGGAGGUGCGGUGAUCGGGGUCAUCGUGCAGCCGGAUGGAGCGGGGGAGACUGCAGAGGAGGAAGAGGGGACCCCGGAGGAGCAGAAGCUGGGAGGCCCCGCUGGGUGUCUGGCUUCUCUGAGCCACGACGUCUCUUUGCUGCUGGCCCUGCUCGGAUCGGUGUUCACUCCGGGGAGAGGCCGCUGGCCUGAGGUCCGGGCAGCCGCGCUGCUCCAAGGGCAAGAGGAGAGCAGGAGAGAGGUGCAGAGAUUGGCGUGCGAGGCUCUCUCAGCAGCAGCAGAUUUACAGAAGACUCUGAAACAGAAACCUCUGUUACAUUGUUUUCCUUGGUGCAGGCGGAGGACAAAGAAAGACCAUGUCCUCAAAGUUACAGAGAAUCCCGAAGAAGGAACUGCACUGACUGUCUUGAAUUACCCGAAUGGAGACUAUUCCAAGAAUAGCAGUGAUGCGUAGAGCCAGUGUUAGGUCUCCUGAUCCAGCUCUCCUGCAUUCCAAGUCUUACUCCAAUGGAGUAUGCCAACUGAAAAUAAGGCACCCGAACAUGGAGAAAUCAGACGUCCAGAACUAUUCACCUGCUGCCUUAUUACUACCAGAGCUUCGGAUGUGUAUCUAUGUCUCUCUCAGAUUUAGCUGGUUUUCGAUAUGAAUGUGAAUGGACGUGUAGAACUGUGAUUUCUACACAGGAUUUUCAUCCUGAUCAUGCCCUAGUGAGAUUAUCCCGUAUACAAUGUGCUUUACUGUUUUAUAAUACCCACUGUACUGAAAUCUGAAAAGUUUCUCAACGGUAGCUAAAGCUGCUUUCAAGCUUGGGGCAUCGUUCAUUGACCUUGCUUGAGCUCCCAUUUCUUCUGACACAAUAACUCUUUUAUUUUAGCGUAGUCCAGUUGUGAUCAUUGAAUCGUAUUUUAAUGCAGAGCUGCACCUUCUGUGACUGUGGUUAUCUUUAAAUUAAAGAGACAGUCCUUUUUUUUACUCUUAGAAAAAUCAUUA